GAGAUUAACCGAGGGCUUAAUCACAGCAGCUAUGCCGACGUCGAAGUGUUGAGCCUGAAGCUCAAGGGUCAUGAUGAGGUGCUCCAUGCGCUCCCUUUGGAGGGUCAGUUUGCUUCUCUGUCUGGGUCAACUUUUGAACUGUGCAGAGGCCCAAGUGCACACCGAAGUACAAGCUGGGCCUCUGUAUCGUGUGCUGGGCGCUCCGCUCUACAUCUCCUGCAAUGUGAGCGGCUUCAGAAGCGAAAACACUGACAAACAUUUUGAAAUCCGUAUGAAGAGGCCUUCCAAACCAGACUUUGAGAUCCAAAUCAUCAGUUCCAGUGAUCCAGGUUUUGGGUAUUCUUCUCACCAAAGUCGUGUAAGAAAAAAUGAAAUUGCUCUGAAACGUCUCUCACCAAACUCAGUCCGCUUCGAGAUACAAAGCCUGCGGGAAAGCGAUGAAGGGGAAUAUGAAUGUACUGUAAUCAACUCAGAAAGUGGUUAUCAUGGAACCUAUACUGCUAAUACAGUUGUCAAAGUGAUUGAAGACUCCCUGAGUAUCUCAUCACCUACUUCCACAUCACAGAGCUUUAAUGAGGGUGAAGCUCUCUCUUUAACAUGCCUGGCCUCUAGCAGCACCAGCCAACACACCCAUCUGUCUCUUACCUGGUUUCUCCGUAAAGAUGGGCAGGACAGUGCUCAGCCCAUCAUUUCUCUGGACAGAGAUUUUACACUGAGCCCAGGUCAGGGGUUUGAGGGGCGUUACCAAGCACGUCUCAUACGCCUAGAUAAGCUGGGAGAGGCCGAAUACAGUUUAGAGAUUACUGAACUUGAGCCAUCAGACCAAGGUAAGAUCUACUGCCGGGCUCAGGAGUGGAUCCAAGAUCCUGAUGGCUCCUGGUACAUCAUCACAGAGAAGAGUGUUGAGGAAAUGACCUUGACAGUCAAAGCCACAGAGGUGGUAGAGCCAUCGUCGCCGUCUCUGGCAGUGGGAAUCUCAGCACAGCCAGCAACGCUGCAGGAGGGGCAGGAGCUGUUGCUGUCCUGUAACAUAAACACACAAGACGUGGAGAAAAGGUUCUUCUCUGUAGCAUGGCUCAAGGGAACUGUUGAGUUGGCCCGCAUUGGUCCCACAGGUGUUCUCAGUGUGGCACCGAAGUACAGUGGCCGAGAGAAAAAUGGAGAGCUCAGAGCCACCCGCACUGGGAACAAAGAUUACCAUCUCAUCUUAAAGCCUGUGAGAACUGAGGAUCAGGGGGAGUAUAUCUGUAGAGUGUCACUUCAGGACAGAGGCCAAGAUGAUGCCUUUAUCCAGGGAGAAGCCAGGGACUCCAGCCCACAGCUGGUCAGCAUCUCAGCCACAGAAAAUAGGCUGUCAGUCAAAAUGCAGCAGGCUGUAAAUGUCAAUGAAGGAGGCGGGCUACAGCUGGCCUGUAAAGUGGAUGGGGUUCAAGGUCAGCUCUCUGUCACCUGGAAACGCAAAUUAACAACAAGGACCUCGUUCACCGAUGUCAUCAGUCUAACUCAGGAUGGUGUUACGCAGAAAGCGGAGGCCUUCGUGAGUCGCAAAGUGAGGGCAAUGCGUCCAGCAGCUGACAGCUUCACCUUGGAGCUUGAUGAUGUCACACUGUCUGAUUCAGGAGUGUACCAGUGUGUUGUGUCUGAGUGGAAACCCAACAGCAAGACUCACAGGCAGUCACAAACUGCCACUGUGACAGUGAUUCCUAUAGACCAGCUGAUGGGAGUGUCUCUCAUGAGUCGUAAGAAUUUGGUGACUGUUGGAGAAAAUGUGGAAUUGAUGUGCCGCGUCAAAGGCCCACACAUGCCACUAACACUGACUUGGAGCGUGCAACAUAAUGUAUCAGCACCAGACACCAUCCUGACUCUUCACCCCGAUGGUACCAUCCACUGGUCCGCAGACCAGAACCACUACCAGCUACGAGUAGAAAGCAGAGAGAAAGAAGUCGUUUACUAUCUGAUAAUCUUUGGUGCCAGCCAUAGCGAAGCAGGAAACUAUCAGUGUAAUGUGUCUAUCUUCCUGGAGAAUGAGCACAAGGAGGUGCCUGCAUCCAAUCCGCUAACUGUGAUGGUAAAGAACCGAGAGAGCAGUCUUGUUGUGUCAUCCAGCCCUGAACUGACACAAAACAUCAACACUGACAUAACAGUGAGGUGUUCCAUUGUGAAAGAAACCUCUGCAUCUUCACUCUAUUCUAUCACCUGGCUGCUCCAGCGAAAGGCAGAAAAUGAGAUCCUUGUAAGCUCGGACCGGAAUUCCCUGGUAACAUUCGGGCCUCGGAUGGGCCAGAGUCAGACACGAAUUAGCAUGAGGCGCAGCAACGGACCUGCUUUUGAACUGACUAUUCGGCAAGCUAAAAUCACAGACAAAGGCUUGUAUAUAUGCAAAGUGGCGGAGUGGCUUCAAGAUCCUCGUGGUAAAUGGUAUCAGCUCUCAGCAGUGUCCAAAAGCACAAUGCUAACAGUUACUGAGCCUGCCAACAACCUUCAUUUAGAUGAGAAAGAGCAAGAGCUGAGUGCCAGAGAAGGAGAGGAAGUUGAGCUCAACUGUAACAUUACCUCAGGUGCUUCUGGUUCUUCAAUUUUCUAUAGGGUCCUUUGGCACUAUGCUACACAGAGUUCUUCCUUGAAGAAUGCCUCACUGGUUGAGCUUGAUCACACCGGCCGGGUGAGUUACCCAGAGAACCAAGAGGUCAGAGGUCUGCAGGUGCGGCUACGUCUCUCCAGACCCACUCAGAGAAGCUUCUACCUAAGUAUUCAGCAGGCUCAUGAAGAGGAUAGUGGGAUUUACUGGUGCCAGGUGGAGCAAUACCAGCUGGAUAAUGAAGCCCGCUGGCAGCUGAAGGCCUCAGACACUGGUGGUGCCAUCAAACUCAGUGUAAAUGUUACAGAAAACAAUCUGUCUAUUCCAAAGGCAGGAGCAGAGUUAAAUAUAACCAGAAACCAGGAUUUUACAAUCCCCUGUGACAUCAGCAAACAAUCCAGCCUUGAAUCCAAGUUCCAGGUCACAUGGUUCUGGCAGAAAGAAACAGAAACUAAACUGCGCCCUGUAUUCACAGUUUAUCGAAACUCCACCCUCCAAGACAGGUUUGGGGAGAAUGUUCACCUGAGAUUUGGCCACCCUGAUCCCAGACAAUUCAGCCUAACACUCUUGAAACCUGGUCCUGAAAAUAGUGGCCUGUAUUUCUGUGAGGUAGAGGAGUGGCUCCCUUCUUUGUCUCAUGGGUGGAGAAAAGUUGCAGUGGAAAAGUCAGGGAAUUUGACUGUCAGUGUCAUCACAGAAGGUAAUGCUAAAGCCAUCUCUGAGUGCAACUCAAGUACCUAUAUUUUUAUUUUUGUAGCUGUUCUCAUCAUCUUAGUCUUGGUCAUAUUGCUACUGAUGGUCAAGAUAUGCAGAGUUAAGGGCUCAGAAGAAAAGAAGGCUGGAUCUCUCUGGGCUGAGUCACACCCUUUAAACACCAAACCCAGUGAAGACGACUGAACGUCAGAAAUGUUGUUUACAUGUGAUGCAAUAUAUGCAAACGUUUUUAACAGUUGUACUGUACGUACUUUUUACUCAAAUUUUCCAUUUAAAACCAUUCUUGUUUCAUUUAAUCUGUUUGCAGCUUUCCAUGAAAUAACUCUUCUGGUUUACUUUCAGCAACUUUUGGCUUUAAGAACUGAUGAAAUUAAAUUGAGAAUCGCACUUCUCAGUUUACAGAUAAAACCUGCAGUCUGUGGCUUUACGUCUACAAAACUGCUCCCCCGUAGCACGUCUCAAACUAGCUAUAAGCACAAAUUGUGGUGAAUGUCUAACCAGUUCAGCAAUUACUCAAGGGGGGGAAGUGCUGUGGUUCUGCUCAGAACGCCUGCGUGGUCUGCAAAUCUGCUGAGUUGUGCAUGUGACAGACAUUUAGAUGUAGACACUGAAGACCACAUUGUUCUUAAGAAUUUUCAGGAGAUACUGGUGCAAAUGAAUUUUUUGUUUUUCUUUUUUUUGGGUAUCAUUAUACGGUUGUCUUGCUAAAGCUUGCACAAAUUGUUUGAUAACGACAGUAUUUCUCAUUUGCAUCUGAUUCAUGAUGCACGGUGUUAUAUAUGUAUGUAUCUGUGUGUGUGUGUGUGUUUGUGUACAUGACAGUCAUAAAUAUUGUUUUCAUUGCUGUAGCUUGACUCCAGUGUUUUAGAUUCAAAAUUAAACAAUAUUUCUGAAAGUCAAUAUUUAACUGAAGAUAAAACCCACCUAAACAGCUGGCCUGGACAGAUCCUUAGAUAUAGCAAACUAAAUACCUAUGGAUCAGAAACACAACCUGCACAUGAAUGGUGGACGUAUGCAUUGGUAAGCAAAGUCCUGUGUUGAAGUCUAGAGCCAUUUAAAACAUUGUAAUUCAUGGGCACUCAUCUUGUAUUUGUCCCACUGGCUGUAAGAUGAGUUUCAUUGUUUACUGAUUGUAUUCCUCUAUAAAUUUUGUUUUUCUAAACAUUAUGUACUCUGGCAGGGCUGCAGUCCAACCAUGCAGUCCAACAUUAGACCAACCAUGCAGUCCCUGCAUGGUUGGUCUAAUGUUGGUGAGAGCAUGAAGUGAUAAUAAGGUCAGCACUUUGGUAAACCAAUAUGCAAAAAUAAAAAUGUGUUGCUGUGCAAACACUCACAGACUGCGAUGUACUAUAUAUGUUUGCCCCCAAGUCCUAGUGAGAUUCUGAAAUUCUGCCAUCACUUGCCACGAAGCUGCUGUGUUUGAGUAAAAUUAAAUAUAUCGAAUCAAGAUUUUCACUUUUUUCCUCCAUCUGUCUCACACUCUAUCCUUCUUUCUCUCUUCCCCUUUCCUGACUCCACUUUUUCCUUCAUCAGCCCUAUAAAUGUUUAACACCCCAUCUGUGUAACAGACUUGAAUA